AUGCCUUCCUUCAUCAAGACUGCAGGCCUCGUGGCCGGCCUCGUCACCGUCGCAUGCGCAUUACCAUCGGUUCCCAGGCUCAGUGCCUCGCAAGUGAAGAUGUACGAGUACAGCAAGCGCCAAAACGCCGCAGCAGCCGCUGCUGGCCUCACGGAUGUUGACAUUCUGCAAUUCACAAGUGCCCUCACGCUCGAAUGGCUGGAGGGUACCUUUUACCAGCAGGGCUUCGCCAAGUUCCCGGCCUCUGACUUCACCGCCCUCGGCCUGACACAACAGCAAGUCAAUGAUCUGAUCGGCAUCGGCUCCAGCGAACAAGCCCACAUUUCCCUGCUGCAGUCCGCCAUCGCCCAGGCAGGCGUCAAGCCCGUCGAGCCCUGCACCUACAACUUUGGCUUCACAGACGCCAAGUCCAUGGUCGCCACCGCCGGUGUUCUCGAGAACGUCGGCGUCUCCGCCUACUUGGGCGGCGGCCCGCUGAUUUCCGACGGCUCCAUUCUCUCCACCGCCGCCUCCAUCUUGACCGUCGAGGCCCGCCACCAGACCUUUGUCCGCGUUGCCAGCGCCGCCGCCGCCGCCCCGGGUGCCUUUGACACCGCCCUGUCGCCCAAGCAGGUCUUCUCGCUCGCCGCGCCCUUCAUCACGUCCUGCCCCGAAGGCUCCAACCUGAUCCUGACCGCCUUUCCCGCCCUCACCAUGGCCGCCGGCCAGACCGCCGUCGCCGCCAUUGGCCAGACCAUCCAGCUCCAGUCCAAUGCCUCGUCCACGGCGCAGUUCUGUUCCUUUACCAACGGCAACAUUGCCGGCGGCACCGCCUUUUCGGCCUUUUCGCCCGAAACAGGCUGCACCAUCCCGGGCCAGGGCGAGUUGGCAGGCAUUGCAUACGUCAACCUGGUGACCCAGGCGCCGCUGACGGGUGUCAUUACGGACGACAUUAUUGUUGCUGGCCCCAUGGUUCUGCAGAUCUCGUAG